AUGUAUCCCUUCUGGCUCUCCGCCCUCGUCAUCACACUGCCAGCCCUCGAGUUCCCGCUUAUCUUCGCGCUACAUCCAGCAGCUCUAGGACGCCCCGCGCCGACUCCCACUCCCGCCUCCCCGCCCUCCGCGGCACAACUGGCGCUGCAAGCGGCAGUCUUCUUCCUACUCGAGGCCUUCAGCCGUGCAGUUCUUCUCCCGUCCAUAGUCGGGGUGGUAGCACGACGGGAGCGGCAGCGGGAGCACGACCAGCACAACGGCCACGGCCACGACCAUGGCGAUCCCGGUGCGGAGGAUGGAAUGACGACGGCCACGGCGAUUAUCAUGGACUAUUCGACCCCGCGCAUUGCCCUUAUGGUGGGAAUAGCAGUUAUGGGCACUCCAUCGAGGCUUAUGAGGCCCCUGGGCACAUUGCACCCGUUGAGUAUGACGGGAUGGAUGAUCGUCCACCAGAACCUGGCUGCGUUGGUUCGGUGCAGGGGUCCGGCUUGA